UGCAACCACGUGUUCACGAUGGCGGAGUUGCUCUGUAUCCCGCUGAAAAAGACUUCAGAUUUGGAUUUGGUGAAACCGCUGAGGAAUAUCAUCGCAUCUAUUUUCAGCACUGCCGAUAACCAGGAAUCCCUAAAAUACACUGAAGCUAUCCAGGAUUUCAACAAACUCCGGAAUAAUGCCGUCUGGAAGACAUUGGACAAACAUGAAAGUUCCUUGGAAGCCUUAUACAAGUACUACGACCAGCUGGCAGCAUUGGAGGAGAAGAUCCCACCAGCUGAAGUUCAAAUCCCAUUUAAGUGGAAGGAUGCAUUCGAUCGAGGUUCAUUCUUUGGAGGGAAAAUCAGCCUAACUGUAUCCUCCUUGGCAUAUGAGAAAGUUUGUGUUCUUUUCAAUAUGGCUGCAUUGCAAAGCCAGGUUGCUUAUACACAGAACUUGGAGCAAGAUGUGGGCUUGAAAUCUGCUGCCAAACUUCUGCAGCAAUCAGCAGGGAUUUUGGGGCAUUUAAAAGGGAAUGUGAUAGGGGCAAUUCAGCAAGAGCCAACUCCUGAUCUGAACCCAGAUGCUCUUGGGGCAUUAUCUGCUCUUAUGCUGGCCCAGGCACAGGAGCUUUUUGUCCAGAAAGCAAUUCAUGAUAGGAUGAAGGAUGCAAUUAUUUCCAAGCUGGCUACCCAGUGUGAGGAUCUGUAUGCAGAUGCCUUGAAGCAGAUGCAACGAGAAUCCCUCCGCUCUCUCUGGGAGAGAGAAUGGGUGCCCACUGUAGCUGGCAAACAGAGUGCCUUUCACGGCCUUGCUAUGUUCCACCAAUCUGUUGUAGCUGGUUCAAUGAAGCACAUUGGAGAGCAGAUUGCUUGGCUGCAGAAAUCAGUUGAACUGUUUAAGGCAGCUCAGACAAGAUCAGGGAUUCCAGGCUUUUACCAGACUGAACUGACCCGUGCUGAGCGAUCUCUCCAGGAAGCCAAGAAGGACAAUGAUUUUAUUUAUCAUGAGAGGGUUCCAGAUGUAAAAAAUCUUCCACCACUUGAAAAGGCUCAGGUUGCCAAACCUUCCCCCAUGCUGCCCCACUGGAGUUCCAGUUUCCAGGACUUGUUCUCAGACCUGCUCCCUGUCAGUGUCCAUCAAGCAAUGGUGGCUUAUGACUUGAGAAAGAAUGAGAUCGUCAAUGCCGAAGUCGGGAAGUUGCGGGAGGCCACGCAGGCCCUCAACGGUGUCUUGGCUUCACUGAACCUGCCAGCUGCCCUGGAGGACACGUCAGGUCGAGAUCUGCCAUCAUCGCUCCGAGAGAAAGCUCAAGCUGUCCGAGACAGGGGAGGCAUUUCUUUGUUGAAUCAACUCAUCUCUGAACUACCAGGCCUGCUGCAGAGAAACAAGGAAAUUUUGGAUGAAGCAGAACGGAUGCUGAAGGAAGAGACCGAGUCAGACACACAGCUCCGCAACCAAUUCAAAGAGCGCUGGCAACGUACACCAUCUGAUACCCUCACAGCUUCUUUCAAAGGCAAUGCAGCCAAAUACAGGUCUGUACAAGUACCUUGUGGGUUGAGAUUUUCCUUACAUCCUUUAGGUCUCUUAAAAGACAUAUCUUUCUGUAGACAUCUGAUAUUGAAUGCCAUGGAGGCUGACAGAGUAGUGAAAGAGAAAUACGAGAAGCAUAAACGUGGAAUUGAGCUCCUCAGUGGCAGUGAGUCACAGUUAACUGCUGCACUUCCUACUGCAUCUCCUUCAUCAGGCGAUUCACCCAAUUCUGCAGCAGCCAAUAAACUUCGACAGCUCAUGAAUAUGGUUGAUGCCAUCCGUAAUGAACGAGACGUGUUGGAGUCUGAGAUCAAGUCAGCUGAAGGAGACAUGAAGAGUGUAUUCUUGUCUGUGCUUGCAAAGGAGGGAAGCAUUAAUGAGCCUGGAAUCAGCACAGAGACACUUGGGCGUGUCUAUGGCCCCCUUCAAAAACAGUUGACAGACUCCAUGCAGCGACAGGAGACACUCAUUGCAGACAUACAGAGAGCACACGGGGAGUUCAGCCGUGGAAAAGGCUCCCACAGUUCUGAGAGAGAGGAUUGGUUGAAAGAAAUUGCAGCUGCUCAUGAUGCCUUCAAUGAACUCAUGAACCAUAUUCAAGAGGGCACCAAGUUUUACAAUGACCUCACACAGUUGCUUGUGAAUUUCCAGAACAAGGUCUCUGACUACUGCUUUGCCCGCAAGACUGAAAAGGAUGAACUUCUCAAGGACCUAACAUCAAGCUUGGCCUCGAUGAAGAUGAAUGAUGCACCCAAACCACCUCAGCAUCAUCAGGGUAUUGCAACUCUAUCCACUCCUUCAUUGGCCUUGUAUGCUCACAGUGGAGUAAACAUUGCUCUUGAAAAAGCAAGUGAGUCUGGUUCUGCACCACCACGGCCACCUCCACCCGUACCGAUGCAAGCACCCGCACAGGCGUAUCCACCGUAUCAGGUCCCAUAUGCACAGCAACCACCACCACAGGCACAAGCCGGCUAUCCUCAACAGCCUGCUUAUCCUCAGCAACAAGCACCUGCUGCCAAUACUGCACUUCCUUAUCCUGUCAAUCCUCAAGGGAUGCCUCUGCCCUACGGUGCACAGCCAUACCCAGCUUAUGUUCCCAUGUCUCAAGGCUACAAUCCAUAUGCUCCUCCAGCCGGGUACAAUCCAGCAUACCCAUAUGGAGCACCUCAACAGCAACAGCAGCAGCAGCAGCCACCCACUUAUCCUCCAUACCAGAAUUCACCUUGGGGAAUGCAGCCUCAGCAAUAAUCCACAUUUCCAUUGAUGGACUGCUUGGUAUCUACAUGCACAUUGGAAAUAAUGAAAUGUUAUCAAAAUAUAGAAUGCCAAUUUAGAUUUCCUGAUUGCUUGUGCUUCAACUAUGAUGAAUUGUGUGGAGAUUGACUCCUGGAGUCAGUGCCAUUUUGGAGCAUUUUUUAUUUCUCUCAGAUGACGAUGCCCAUGCUGUUAGCCGUUCCACGUGUAUUAUAAUAGUGCUGUUGCUAUUUCUGAUACUUCUACAUUUAUUUUUUGUCCAAGUGCAUUGUAUGACAGAUGUUGAUGAAAGUAAAUUGUAUUAUCACA